AUGAAGCUUUUUUCGAGCUUCGCCCUUUUUUCUCUCCAGAUAGAAGCCAGAAAACCAAAUGUAAUUUUGCUUAACACUGAUGACUUCGGAAUCGGCGACUUUACAAUUUACAAUAGAGAAGCGAAAGUUCCAACGCCGAAUAUCGACAGAAUCGGCAAUGAAGGAGUGAAAUUUCUCGGCGCUAGUUCGGCUUCUAGUCGUUGUUCUCCGAGUAGAUACAUGCUCAUGACGGGAAGGUACUCGAUGGAGGAUAUUGAGGCCAGAAUUAUCAAUCAAGGCGAGCCGCAUCUAGGGGAAAUGUUCAAAAAAGCCGGCUACAAAACGGGAAUCUUCGGCAAACAACAACCCAUUCCGAAUGGAAUUCUCCCCGAAAAUGCAACAAACGAGGAUAAAGAAGCAAUCUGGGGGCGUAACAAAGAAGCUUUGAAGUACAAAAUGGAAGUUGGUAAGUUCCCAAACACAUUGACCGUCAACCAGAAGUUCGGCUAUUACGUCCAGACGGAACCACCACAGCUGCUGGACUACGAUUAUUCCUUCACUCAGCGCGGUCUCUGUUGCGCUCCAGGCUUGCACUUCGAAAACGGAAGAAGCACAGAGCCUGCCGAAACUUGGGUCAAGCUCCAACCCUAUCCCGAAACAGCUCAAGAGGAAAACUACAACCCCAAUGGCCACAACUUCCCAUACACCGGCUAUUUCGGCCCAGAAGGUCACAUGGAAAACAUGACAGAUCCAUACGAAAUCACGAAUUAUUGCGGCUGGGCGCGACAAACCAUCGCAGGAAAAACCUUUGACAGUCGCGAAGUCGAGCAAGAAAACACCUCAAAGCUCGAAAAAUUCAUCGAAGACAACCAUGAAUCGCCCUUUUUCGCCUAUUAUGGGAUGAAUAAUGGCCAUGCGCCGUUCAACACGCCACUUCGUUUUCGAAAUGAGACGGAAGUCGGGCUCUUUGGCGAAGUGAUUUUGGAGGCAGACGAGCUUGUUGGAAGAAUUCUCGAUAAACUUGAAGAACACGACAUUGCUGAUGACACCCUCGUGAUUUUCAUGUGCGAUAAUGGACCGACGACGAUUGGCCAUAAAAUAAAGUCGGAGUGGGGACAUAACCAAUGGCUUCUUGAUCUGCCAGAAUCACGUGUUGGACCAGCAAGAACUGUUGAGCUGAAGGGAUAUAAAAAUGGCAUGGGCGAAGCAAGUCACCGAGCUCCGUUUUUAUGGCGCUAUCCUCGAAAAUUCGCGCCCCGAAUCAUCUACGAGCCCAAAGUCCAAGUUUCCACGGUCGACAUCUACGCCACCCUGGCCGAGUUGAUCGACUACGACUUGGGCUGCAACGAAGCGCCAGACAGCCGAAGCUUUUUGUCGUAUCUCGAAACUGGCGAAGCAAGCGAGGAGAUAAAGAAGAAACCGAUCAUGACCCACGCUUUCAGUCAAGGAAACGAGUCUGAAAAGAAAAAUGCUGCUAUUCGAAAAGGAAACAUGAAAUACAAUCCCGGAUCGAAAGAACUUUUCAACACAGAAUGGGAUCCCGAAGAAACGCACAAUUAUUACGGAGAAGAGAGUUUUGCCAAAUUCCAAUCGUACUUGGACCAGUACUUGAUCGACUGGUUAAAUCACAUUGAUGCGCGAGAAGAAGCGACGAAAAGAGGCGCGGACAAGGAAAACUGUUAUCCGCAAUUUGAACGAUUCAAUUGGCUGUAA